CACUAGUUUACAUGGCUACGGUUAAUUAUUUACUCUUCAUGUUCGUUUUGGGUGUUUUUAGUGAGCAUGGGAAGGUAUUGGCACGUGAUGGGAAGAUAGUUAAUGGCACUGAUGCAAAGGAUGGUGAAUUUCCUUUUAUGGUUUCUCUACGACGCGGUGUGCGUCAUUCUUGUGGUGCCACAUUACUUAAUCCAAAAUGGGUGCUAACAGCAGCCCAUUGUGUUGCCCGUGCAAAACCAGAAAAACUCAAUAUACAAUACGGAAAUAUAAAACUAAAUCAGAAUAGCACUAAAAUAAGCAAUGUAUCCAAAAUUUAUGUGCACGAGGGCUAUCUACCUAGCAAUAACUAUAUAAACGAUAUAGCAUUAUUAAAACUUAAGGAACCGUUAAAAUUUAAUAAGAAAGUUAGCAGUGUCCGUUUGCCGGAAAUAAAACAAAUUACGCCCGGUAAUAAAAGUGCCACUUUAAUAGGCUGGGGUCUUAAUGCGACUGGUGGUGUAACACAAAAUAGAUUGCAAAAAGUGGAACUACAAACAUUUACUGAUGAUGAGUGCAGUCGUCGCCAUGAAGUACAACUGCAUACGACUACACUCUGUGCUGGUGUACCUAAUGGUGGAAAAGGACAAUGUAGUGGAGAUUCUGGUGGACCGUUAUUGAUUAAUGGAAUACAAGUGGGCAUCGUAUCCUGGAGCCGUAAACCGUGCACUAUUGCGCCAUAUCCAGGUGUGUUUACUGAGGUUUCAGCCUAUGUCGACUGGAUACUAAAUAUUGUGCAGAGGAGAGGAGAUGAUGUUGACGAUAGCGAUGAAGAGAAUGAUUCUUUAGAAUUAAUAAUAGGCAAUUUAAUUGUUGUGAAGAAGAGAAAUCCAAUCUUUACUUAA